AUGUCGCCAAUACCGACGGCGAGGCACCGCACGAAACCAUCGCCUCUCCCGUUAUUUGUCGAAUGGCUGCGUUGGCCGUACGCCUCCGAGCUGCCUGGAUCGCACACGGUGGCGAUCGCGGCGGUAGACGAGGCUGGCAACGUGGACCCCGAGCCGGCGGUGUGGACGUGGUCCGUAGACGCGCGGCCAAGGACGUCCCUCACCAGCGCCCCACAGGCGGUGACGGCCGUGGACACGGCUUUUUUCUCGUUCGCGUGCGCGCUCCCGGAGUCGGAGGCGACGCCUUCCCCCUCCUCGGGAGUAAACCCCCUCUCGAGCAGCGACAACGAGGAUAGCAUCCGAAGCGCUACUAGCGGCGGCGAGAACGGCGACGAUGAAACCGUCCUUGAGAUAGCGCCCGCACCAGCAGCCGAUGACGACGAAGCAGAGGCAGAGGUGGACGAAAACAACGAGACCGCGGUCGACGACGGCAGCGUGUGGGAGGUCCACGAGGGCGGGGCGUGUGUCUUCUUCUUCUCGCUGGACGGCGGCAACUACUCGGCGGUGGAGCCGGCGGCUGCGGCGGCGGCAGCGGCGGCGGGGGAACCCUCGUCCAUGUCGUCGUCGUCGUCGUCGUCGUCAUCGUCGUCGGUGGUGCCGAGCAGUAACACGCUGCUGUUGACGGGGCUAGCCGACGGGGCGCACGAGCUUAGCACCGAGUGCGACCCUCAACCGUUAAGCCAUUCCUGGGAGACCGAUACGUUGCUGCCGGUGACGACCAUCCUCUCCUUCCCCGACAAGCUCAUGCCGUCGGUGUUCACCUUCGGGUCGAGCAAGCCCCUGUCGCGGUUCAUGUGCAAGGUGGACAGCGGCAUGUGGCGCCAGUGCGACGAGACCUCCCAAUUCCCCCUCAGCGACGGCCUCCACAGCGUCGUCGUCAUGGCCGUAGAUCCCACCGGCCGCUCGGACCCGAACCCCAUCACCUACAACUGGGAGGUGAGCAUGCUGGAAACGGUCGUGGAGUUCUGCCCGCCGAGCCACCUGCCGUUCCAGGAGGCGGAGACGCAGCAGGUCCUCCUGGGCGCGUCGUACGACGGGGUGGCCUGCGCUCCGGCCAUGUCUUGCCAGAUACGCUACGUCCUCCAGUGGGAGGCCCCCGUGCCGGCGUCCUCGGCUGCGGACUGCGUCGCGCCUCCGUCCCCGGCCCCGACCGCCGCCCCGGUGCCCACGUGGUCCUUGUCGCCGACACGGGAGGGCGUGGAUAAUGACGACAAGGCUGGCGGCGGCGGCGGCGGCGGGAGUGGCGCAUCGAGUAGCGGGGGGGAGACUCGUGGUGGCGACGGUGAUGAUGGUGGCGACGGGAGCGGCCUCGCGACCCCGGGCGAGACCGGGGGGGGUACCGACGACGACGGCGGCGGGGGCAGUGAUGGCGGCGGGCCCGCCCCCGGGCAGAACUACCUCUCCCGGUCGGUGGUGCUGUGCGCGGAGGCUUGGGCUAACUGCUCGACGUUGGCGGCGAACACUAGCUACAGCUACCAGCAGCCGGCUUCCACGGCUUCCGGCGAGGGCGGGUGCACUAAGCUCGAGACUCUCCAAGGACAGAUGGGGCACAGCCACGGCACCCUGGUGAUGCAAAACCUGGGCGUGGGGGACUACAAGCUCGCGCUCGAGGCGUUCAACGUUUUCGGGGUGGUCGACCGCAGCCCCGUCGUGUGCCCCUUCCGGGUGCUGGCGGAGGGGGAAUCCAUCAAUCAGACGCAGGGAGGCGAAGCAAUUGGAAGACAGGCGUUCUGGUGGAAGGCGAAGACCUUCAAGCAGAUGCAGGUGUUGCUGACUGAUCUGAUUAACCAAACACCCGUACCCCUCCCCGGCUUUCCACGUGACACCAACCCCAAUUCCCAACGCCAAAAGAUCGUCAUGGUGCGCACGCCUGCCAAGGUGCUCAACCGCCCGGAACAGGCGCCGUUUCUGUUCGAGUUCGAGGUGGAAGACGUCCUUGCUGCUGACGAUAUUUCUGCGAACACGUGGACAUCGUCGUCAUCAUCAUCAUCCGCCGCCACCGCCAACGCCAACCACACGGAGUCGGCAGCAGCCGACUCUUCCGCGACCCCCUCCUCCUCUUCCUCUGCCGCUGACGCGGCGGCCAGGCUGUCGUAUCUCCUCUCGGGCCCCGGGGCCGGCGACGCGUGGGAGGCCGUGCCGGCGGUGCCGAGGGCCGAGUGGGAUGCUCUCCUGCUGCUGGCCGGAGACAACAACGGCACCUCGUCCAUCUCUUCUCCUUCUGCUUCUUCGUCUUCUUCCUCUUCCGCCAAACGUGGUAGCGAUAACGGGGGGUUCGUGUGGGGGCUGGAGCUGGAGGGGUUGGAAGAUGGAGAGUACCGCCUGCAGGUGCGAGACGAAGUCCUCGGAGACACGGCGGAGUACACGUGGAGGGUGGACAUGUCGGUGCCCGAGCUUUCCCUCGACGCCAUGCCCCAGAACCCAUCACACAGCGCGGAGGCAAUCUUCGUGCUGCGAUGCUCGAAGCUGUCGUGCGGCCUGGAGUACCAGCUCAACGACGACGGCGUGUGGCGCCUGUGGGUCGCCGCCGCGGCGGACGUGGAGCACACCCACAGCUCCAGGGCCCCCACCCCCGCCCCCGCGGUUGCCCACAUGUUGGGGUCGGGGUCGGACGACGAGGGAGGAGGAGCAGGUGCGGACAGCGGCGACGGAGGGUCCGAUGCGGCGGGUGAUGACGAGGGGGACGGCGGAGAGGAACCGGCAGAGGACGUGGAGGAGGAGGAGGAGGAGGAGAAUGACACGGUGUUUGUUGGGAUCACUGCGCAGCAGGUAUCCAGCCACGAGCUAUCGUUCCGCGUCAACGUCACCGUCCCGGAGUCCGGCAACUACUCGCUCGCCGCUCGCCCCUCCUCCUCCGCGGCCGUCUUCGCUCCCGGCGCCAUAAUCGGCUCCGUCCCCGGUGGCGUCGACGAUGACGACGGCAACGGUAACGGUAACGGUAACGGUCGUCGCCGCCGUCUAGACUUUGGCACGUCCUCCUCCUCUUCCUCGUCGUCUGAUGCCGGUGUUGAUAGCGACACGGUCAAGGUCGAUUGGGAGGUUGACCUCACGAGGCCGGAGACACGGGUGGUGAGCCGGCCGAGCCCCGUGAUGACCACGGGGGUGGCCGCGUUCCAGUUCGCGUGCUCCCUUGCCGGGGAGGAGCCGUCGCACGGGUGCUUCUACCAGUACCAGAUGAUGGUCGUGAACUCGGAGACGGACUGGGACAGGCUGGAGUGGCUACCGACGGCGGACUCGGUGACGCUGUACGAGAUAGGGGAGGGCGUGAACAGGAUUCGGGUGCGGGCGCACGACUCUGAGACGGAGCUGUACGACCUUGCGCCGGCGGAGGUUGUUUGGGUGCGGGACGCUACGCCGCCCCAGGUGGAGUGGCUGUGGACACCGGAGGAGGUGUCCCAUCUGUCGAACGCUCUGUUCGAGUUCACGUGCCUCGGAGAGCUUCCCCUGCCGGCGACCGUCUUCGGAGACGAGGCGGACCCCGAGGAACCGGUCGACAUGGGCCAACGGGAGCAGGAGGGCCAAGCCGGCUCCUCCUCCUCCUCCUCCUCGUCAUCUCCUUGGUUGCGCUCAUCACCAUCAUCAUCAUCGGGCAGCGGCACGCAAUCUGAAGCCGUGGCCAUCAGGGACGACGACGAUGCCUCGGCGGUUGGGGCCGCCGCCAUCGCCGCCGCCUACCCCACGGCGUUCCCCCGCGUGCUGCCCAGCGGGUGCGCGUUCGAGGCGAGCCUGGACGGGGCGGAUUUCGAGGCCGUGCCCAACACCGUGGUACUGUCGGGACUGUCGAACGGCGACCACCGCUUUUCCGUCAGGGCCAGCGACCUUGCGGGCAACGUGGCAGCUACUUCAUACUUCGACUGGACCGUUGACACCAACGUCCCAGACACGGUGGUCGUGGCGUGCCCGUCGAGCGUGGCUUCCUCGCCUCUGGCCACCUUCAAGAUCCUCGACACCGUGGGGGCGGAGCAGGACGAGGGGCACUUCGAAUACAGACUGGACCCCUUGGACGACGACACCGCUUGGACCACCACGUCUAACACCACCCUCGAGUUCAUGGGGCUGCAAGACGGCACGCACGCGCUGACGGUGAGGGCUCGGGAGACCCUGGCGGAAGGAGGGAGCAGCGACCAGGUGCCGGAGGUGGUGACCUGGGAGGUGGACACGGAGUGCCCGGACACGACCUUCGUCGUCCUGCCGGAGGUCGUGACCCACCUCACCAGCACGGUCCUCGUGGUGGAGGGGGGUCCGGACGCGGCCUCCUUCGAGUACACCCUCGACCCCAUCGAGACCAACGCCGAUAACAACGACGACGACGACGAUGAUGAUGACGAUGCCGAGGAGGCCGGCAGCAGCGGUGGGACGGCGGCGAGCCGUGAUUCUUCUUCUGGGUCGUCGUCGUCGUCGACGUCGACGUCAUCGACGACGACUUCGGGCGGGGAGGGGAAGGGGGAGGAGGCUGGGGUGGUGUGGGAGCAGGGAGAUAGCUCGGGUGUGAUUCAUCUCUACGACUUGGAGGAGGGGCGGCACGAGAUCAGGGUGAGGGCUGUGGAUUCGGCGGGCAAUGCGGACCCUUCCCCCGCGACGUACAGCUGGAUCGUCGACAGAGCGGAUGUGUACGGGCACCCGAGCAUGGUCACAGACGUCGUGGCGGAGGGCGGCAACAAGCAGGCGUUCGUGCAGUGGUCCGCCGCUGCAGACGACGGCGGCGGAGACCUGACCAAGUACGUCGUCAUCGCCUCCACCGCUUACGCCGACAUCAACGUCGAGGCCAUCACGUAUUCGGGCAGCGACUGCUCCGUGGUGGCGUCCGGCACGUCACCCGUCCUCGGCGCCUACCCCGGUUCUUGGGGGGAGUGCGACAUGAAGUGCGGCGGAGGAGUGAGGCGCCGCAAGGUGCAGUGCCUGGAGUUCCUCGACGGCAUCCCCCUGAUGCCCUUGGCCAACGACACGAGCUGCUGGGAGGAGCUGGGGGAGACCCCGGAGAGCCGCCUGGCAAUGACGGAGAGGUCGUGCCGAAACGUGGCAUGCCUCGCCAUGUUCCUCGAUGUGACGAUGAGGCUCCGAGCCUUCUACGAUGACGCUUGCUUUACCGUAGCGGCACAGGACGCCUUCCUCUCGGGCUUCGCGGCGGAGGUGGCCCACGCCCUCAACAUCAAGGUCGAGCUCGUGAUCGACCUCAACGCCUUCCACACCGACAAGCACAACGAGAUGGAGGUGAGGUUCAUCAUCGCUCCCGGGCAGACUGGCGCUGAUCAGCCCAUCGAGAACCUUCGGGAGCAGCUUCUUCUACAGGCGGCUUCGGAGACGAGCUCGUUCCGGUCGCACGGCACGUGGACUCGCAAGCUCAUCCCGGAGUCGGUGGAGGUGUCCCAGGGCACGUACGAGCUUCCCUCUCUCAAUGUGUCCGGCAUCGCGUCCGACCUGGUGAUGAUCCUCAUGGGGGUGGGCACCUCGUGCUUGGCCGUGGCGGUGUAUGGGGCCUGCUCUUCCCGGAAGAGCAAGAAGUGGGAGACCGUCUACGACGGGGAGUACGGCGACGACGACAGCACGGAAACACCCCCCAGCCGCGAAGGAAGGCGCGGCAGCGGCCGCCGCAGGUUCGACGGCAACACCGGCGGCAAUCGGUUGGACGUCGACGGCAACGGCGCAGCCGGUGGAACCGGAGGAGGAGGAGGCGGUGGCGGCGGCGAUGGCGACGGCAGGGGUUGCGUCCGCCGACACCGGCGGUGGUUCGAGCUCGACGACUCGGAAGACUACGACAGCGAGGACGAGGACGACGAGGAGUGGGACGACGAAGACGAGACCAGCCCGUUCUUCGGCAGGUGCGCCCUCCGCUCUCUGCUCUGCCGCGACGACAAGAGCGAAGGCGACGAGGAGGCUCCGGCUUCGUGUCAACGGGGGGGGUCGGCAGAUUGUGGCGGCGACGGGGACGGGGACGGGGCAAAGGCGGGUGGCGACUGCGGUUGCACGUGCGAGUACGGACGGUCCAGCGGUAGGCAAGGGGGAGGAGGAGUGGAAGCGGGGACUACCGGCCGCGGGAGCGGCGGUGGGUGCACCAGCGGGCGGUGCUGCACCUGCCGGAACGACGAUGACGGGCUCGAGCUGACGCGAGGCCCCGCCAUCGACCUAUCCAGCGUCGAUCUCGACAAGCUCCCGCUGCCACUCACCGGCAGGAGCAAGCCAAUGCCCCCGCUCUCCGGGGAAGCGGUCUUGUACCGGAGGCGAGGGUGGGGUUUCGACGGCGGAGGCGGGAGCGGUAGCGGUAGCGGUAGCGGUCGAGGCCGCUGCGGCGGUUGCGUUUCAUCGGGCGCCGACGAGGAAGACGGCGGCGGCGGCACCGUGGUCCGAGCGAGAGGCAUGGGCGGGGGUAGGGGGAGCGGCGGUGCCGGCGUCCGGGACGGUCAUAGCUCGGACGGGUUACUGGGGAUCCAGCGGCCUGGCCGACAAGCGCUAGUGUAGUGAGGACGAAACAUCGUGUUUUU